GUCUCACCCCCAGCGAUGCACGUAGACGACACUCAUUCCACCUCCAUUUUCUCUCUCCUUCCCCAGCUGUUCGACCGAGAGACGUGCACGUACACGUACCUACUCGCCGAUACCAACACGAAGGAAGCCGUGCUCAUCGACCCCGUGAUUGACUUGGCCGAGCGCGAUGCCAAGCUGGUGGAAGAACUGGGACUCUCGCUCAAAUACGUCAUGAAUACCCAUGUUCAUGCUGACCACAUCACUGGAACAGGCCUCCUGAAGAAGCUUGUGCCUGGCUGUCAGUCAGUCAUAGCAGAGGUCUCAGGAGCAGAAGCUGAUAAGCUUGUCCAGCAUGGAGAAACUGUGCAGUUUGGUGAGCAUGAGCUCGAGGUCAGAUGCACUCCAGGUCACACAAAUGGCUGUGUGACUUAUGUUAGCCACAACUUGAAGUCCGUCUUUACUGGCGAUGCUCUCCUGAUCCGGGGGUGUGGGAGGACCGACUUCCAAGAGGGCAGUGCAGAGAAACUUUAUGAAUCUGUGCAUGGCCAGAUUCUCAGCCUUCCUGAAGAAUAUGUUGUAUACCCAGCUCAUGAUUAUAAGGGCAAUACUUCAUCAUCUAUUGGUGAGGAGAAGCAGUUCAACCCUCGCCUUACCAAGCCGAAGGAUGAAUUCAUUGAGAUCAUGAACAACCUUGGUCUGCCAUAUCCCAAGAAGAUUGAUAUUUCCCUGCCACCAAACAAGGUCUGUGGACUUUACAACUUGCCAGAUGAACUUGCUGCAAAGUUGGAGGAUUAAUGAAGUGGUCAGGAAAUGACACUGAAUGAAAAAAGAAAUUUGAAUAUAUAUUUUAAUUCAUUGAAUAUGUAUGUUUUUUUUCUGUUGUCAAGGUCUAUUUAAAAAAAUUAAAUCAAAGGUGUUGGUUAAGCUAUAUUUACUAAUAUUAGCGAAAAUAUGUGAUAUGUAUGGGAUAAUAUGGAAUGGAUAAAAGAUUUAUAGGAUUGGAUAACUUGGGAAGUAUUUGCCAGAGAAAUUUGCAAGGUAGAUCAUGAAAGAAUUGAACCAAGCUAAAAAAAAAAAAUAAUGUUAAUAGCACAGAUUCUUAUUUGAGUGUCAAAUGAGUGCAAGCAGUAACAGCUUUUAUAUCCCAAGCAAUUUUCUGUGAUUUCUUUUCCCAAAUCUUUUGUCUGUGUGAUUUGAAGGCAGAAAUUAAAAUGUCCUUUUCAUGAUUGAGGUAGACAAUAUUAUUUUUAUAAAUAAUUGGAACAUAUUUAGGGAAGAUAGUGAUAUUACUACAAAGCAAGCUGCAAUAAUGUUCAUGAUCCGAGUAUAACACAUCGUUGCUCAAGUCAUUUUAUUAGUUUUUAUCCUUGUAUCCUGUAAUAACUGUCAUAAACACCUCAGAUAACAUUAAUCCUGCACAAGCUUGAACCAGAUAUGUGUUAUUGCAUUUAAAUGACAAUCUAGCAUUACCCAAAUAUUUUUAGAUAUGAAGGAAAACAGUAGUUACCUUUUUUUAUUUAAAAAAAUCAAAUAUAACACAGUACACUUUUUACACAAGAGCAAUUUAGUCUACAAGUAGUGAUGGUAUUAUAAUGCACUUUUGGUUAUGGAAAUAAAUGGUAUAUUUAUAUCUUU